UCUGCCGCGAUGUCCGCAGUUCCAAGGUGCGCUAUAAACGUGAAGUGGUUUCGCUUCAGAUCUUCUGUUGCAGAUUUUCCUUUCUUCUUCCCUUCGUUUCCGGCCUCCGACGAAUCGAUACAGCAAUUAGGGUUUCGACUUCCUUCUGUAUGUGUUGAUUGGAAGACCUCCGCGUCUCGGAGCCAUGGCGGAAAUCCGGAAGCUUCUGGAAUCCCUUCAUGGCGACGGAGACGGGAAAACCCCGGCCGAUCUCCUCCAGAGGAUCCGAUUGGACUCGGUUAAGCCCGGGUUCGAGAGGCUCUUGGAGGCCCUUGAGUAUGGCGUCUCGCAGAUCGGAGGUGGUGAACUAGGGUUCCAGCAGUGGAGCGAGCAGGAGAUAGAGGCGAUCGUCACAAUCCUGAAGUUCGUCCUUACUGCUACGAUCUCCCUUCGAGUUGAGAAGUCGGUAUCUUUUGUUUGCCAACUCUUCAAGCUCGCCGUAGAGUUCUGUAUAUCUUUGUUGGAGAAAUCGGUUCACGGCAAUGUAAAUACAAAGUUUCAGAAAUUGAUUGUGCAAACUCUUGAAAUGUCAUUGUUUGAUGGCAUGGACAAGGACAGCAGCUUGCUACCAUUUGACACUGUAAACGCCCUUGUGGCCUUGUUGCCAAAAGUUAAAGACAAUUCAAACAUGGGUAGAUUGACAAAGCGUGCUGCUUGUAGCAGCCAAGAUGAAGUUGAUUCCUCGACCGAAAGACAGCCUAUCAACAAAUUUGUAGCUCUUAUUGCAUCCCAGACUUUUCAGUUGGGCUCUGGAGCAUCUCAGUCUAAUGAAUCAGUGCGAUAUUGUGAUCCUGACAGCAUGAUUUAUAUUGUGAAGAACUGGGCAGUUGUCCAUGCCAGGUGCAUAAAUAGGCUGGUUGUUCUCUGUUAUGAGCUGUUGAAAUCAAGGCAGCUGAAUGAAGAACAGUUUGAUGAUUUGCCAGCGUUACCAAGAUUAUCUUUUGUUAUAAGAGUCCUUAGAUUGCUCGGAAAUCUUGUAAAUGAAAUGCCUUUUGUUGGAUCUGAUGUGGAGUUAUUGCAUGCUGUAGCUAGCAUUGCUAACGCACUGCCAAGCUUGUUCCUUGGAAAGCUCGACACUCUUAGCUGUGAACAUCCUGCAUUGGAAAAUAGCCUUGAGAAUGUCUUAGUGCUUCUCCUGGAAGGGUUUUUUCAAUUCAUACGAAGCCUCUACUCAGAUGGUAAUGUGUUUCAGAAUAUCCAGGCAUGCAUUAUUGCUUCGCUUUUUAGCAUUCUGGAGGCCAAGAUAUGGAGGAACGACAAAACUAGCGCUACACAAAAGCCUCCUUUAGUUUAUUGCCCGAAGAUAGCGAUGUAUAUUCUGAAGCUUCUUAAGCAAUUCAAGGGUUCAUUAUCUGGUGUACAGAGUUUGGGUAACUGUUUUGAUAUGGGUCUUGACUGGUGCUCACCUCCUGAUGGUCCUCCAGCUUUUCUUGUUCAUGCUAAGAAUGUCAAACUGCUCCAAACAUAUGCAUGUGAUGAACAUCUGGAAUUGAUGUUUCCAGUAUCAGGUGAUUGUCUGGACAAUUUGGUACAUCUUACUAGUUAUCUAUAUUUAGAAGGUAUGAAGUCAAGACCAAAAGCUGACAGGUCAGAGCAAACUUGUGCUAUGAUUGUUAGUUCCUCUGAUGAUACAACAGCUAACAAUGAUGAUGAAGCACUGUUUGGAGACCUCUUCUCUGAGGCUACUAGGCAGGUAGCAUUGCCUGAUGGACAUAACCAGUCUACUAUUGCAGCUAAUAGCAUUUCACACUCCUAUGCACCACUUCAGGCUGUUGUGGAGUUGCUAAACUUUUUAAAAGAUUUCAUGCUCUCGCCUGAAUGGCUAUGUGUUACUUCUAGAAAUGCUUGUUUGAAGCUUAAUGAGAUCCAUAUCAGCACAUUAAUUUCUAUGCUUUGUGGUGAAGUCCAAUCUGAUGAGAGUUGUUCUGAUGGUGGUGCACUUUCAGGAUUUCAGAAACAGAUUGAAAAAAUUAGAGAGGCAUGCUUUGAUUUAUUACGUGGUCUUAUUACCCAUCACAAGUUACAUGGUUGUCUGGAAGAGCUCCUUGUUGAUCAAGUCUUGAAGGUUGAGAAUGGUAAUUUUGUCUACAAUGACUACACUCUUGCUCUGGUAUCUUAUACACUUAUUUCUGGUGCUGGUUCAUCCCAGAUCCAGCUAAGAAGAAAAACUUUUGAGGGAUACAUUACAUUUGUUCUGGAUAAGGUGAAGCUUGCAUUCAAUGAAAGUAUUGGUUUGAAGGAGAUAUCUGAAAGCAUGCCGUCUAUAUACCAUACGGAAAUUCUUCUGAUGGCUUUCCACUUAUCAACUGAGGCUGAAAAAGUUGUGUUUGCCAAUCUUGUGCUUGCUGGCAUAAGGACCAUACAUGAUCCUCCUGCAGAGUUUAGUGGCAAACAAAUAUCAUUGUGGUCCUUAGUUGUUUCAAGGCUACUUGUGGUGCUUCGCCAUAUGGUAUUUUACUCAUCAAAAUGCCCUUCUUGGCUCCUUCUGCACUUAAGAUCCAAGUUGAUGGCAAUUGCAUCAAAGCCAUCCGUUUAUCAGACCAUCAAUGAUCAUUCCUUAUCAUGGGCAUCAGUUGUUGUGCAUAAUAUUCUGUGUGAAUCAGCCAAAGAAGCUUCUAUGAUUGGUAUCCUCAAUCAUCAAUUGUUUGACACAGUUCCUGUUCCCACUACUGUUCACAUAGAUGACCACACUUUACAAAACUUGGGGUUGUCUGUUGAUGAGCUAUUUAGUACCAUCUCAAGGUUUGUAGGUUUCUGGAGGAGUAAGAAACCAGAGGCUGUGGAAGAACUUGUGCUCGAAAGGUACUUCUUUAUCAUCUGCUGGGACACUGUUGCUAGUGUUGCUUCCAUCAGUGACAUUUCAGAUUCUAUCUCACUAAGGUUAGACAUAGAAGACCCUAGUUAUUUUAUUUUUUUCAGUCAUUUACUUCUUAGUGGUGCUAUUAGGAAUAUUGGUGUGCAGAAGCUUGCAGAUUUCACAUUUGGGGUACUCCUACAUGCUGCACAUGAAACAUUUAAGAUGCAGCUUGAGGGAUGGGAUUUUUUGAGGAAUGGAGCAUGGAUAUCGCUUUUACUUUCCUUGCUUCAACUUGGAGUUUGGAAAGUUUCCAUGGAAAAGGGAGUUGCUGGUGUGAAGCUAUUUCAGGCUGAUUGGAGAGGGAAGGAACAAAUCUUGUCCGUUGCAGAAAGCUUAGUUGUCAAUAUAAUCAAGGGUGGACAACUAGAUUUGUUGUUUAAGUUGCUUUCUUCAUUGUUGAUGGGUAAUGUCCAAGCUCUCCAAGAAUCUUUUAUCCAUUCCCUUGAUACUAGGGGAGAUGCUAGGGACGCACUUUUGCCUCUUCUGAAACAUACUGGCCUUGGCAAACACAUAGGUGAUGGUCUUCUGAGCAAGAUUGAAGCUGGCCCAGACAUUUUGGAUUCCUUCUGCAGCCUUGCGACAAAGCUUAUUGAUCUUAAUUCAGAUGAGAACUUGGAAAAUGCAAAUCAUAUACUUCUUCGAUGCUUGCUGUAUGGUUUUCCAUCAAACACCAAAGUUUCAAGUGGAGCUCUUGUUUCUUGUGUUCUUUCUGUAGAAUCAAUAAUAUUGACAUUGGAUGGCCUUCUAAAGAUAAAAAAUGCAGUAACAGAUGUCUAUGAACUUGAUUUAUCUAAUAUCCAUCUUGACACUGUGAUGUCUGUAAAAACUGACAAGAUUUUUGGGCACAUAAGUGAAAACUGUGAAUCCAUAUGCAGGUAUAUCUGCUCAUGUCAGCAGAGCCUAGAUUAUGGAGACCUUUUCCUAUUGAAGCAUUUGGAGAGCCUCUUAAAGGAGGCUAGCUCCAAGGAAGAAAUGGACACUAACAUUUAUGAAGCUGUGGUUUCAAGUACAGUUGACACCAUUGAGCACCUGAAGAAAAAUGUUGUUCUUUUCAAAAUAUGCAUGGGUGUAAAAGAUGAUCUGUGUCAGCAUGCCAGUGAUUUUUAUUCCGGUCAACAUGGUAUCCUGUUGGUUCUGAUGGAUGCAUUGGAUAACUGCAUUGACGACCUGGUUAAUGUGAAGGUUCUUCACUUGUUUAUUGACCUUUUAGGUGGGCAGUUGUGUUCUGGUUUGGGAGCUAAACUACAAAAGAAGUUUUUGCAAAUGGAAAUAGUGUUUCUUUCUAGAUGGAUAGGAAAGAGGUUGUUAGGUAGCAUGCUAGAACCUUCAGGGGGAGAUGCACCAGCAAAAGGAAGUUCUACUUCUCUUCGAGAAGUUACUAUGAAUUUCCUUGCCAAUCUUGUUUCUUCAUCAUCUGAUGUCCAAACUCGAGAAUUCCAUGGUAAACUUAUUGAGGCUAUGCUUGUUUUACUUGAUAGUGCAUUCAUUCAGUAUGAUAUCCACACAGCAAAGUCCUAUUUUAACUUUAUAGUUCAACUUUCUAAUGGUCGGUCAGAAUUGAAGCAACUCCUGGAAAAAACUUUGUUAUUAAUGGAGAGACUUUCACACACUGAGAAUCUGUAUCCAGGUUUGAGAUUUUUAUUUGGCUUUGUUGGGGCUGCGUUAAGUGCUUCUGGGGCCAAUAAGGUUUCUUUGGAUAGAGGUUCAGGCAAACGGUGGUCAUAUGGGAAUUCUAUUGCUGGCUCUGACAUCUCUAGGCAAGUUAGCAAUGUGUCAAGGAAGAGUUCAGAAUUGUUAUCUCCUCCAGUAAGUCAAGAAAGUGUAUCUGCUGCAGUUGAUUGUGAUGCUACUUCUGUGGAUGAAGAUGAUGAUGAUGGUACAUCUGAUGGAGAGUUAGCUAGCAUGGACAAGGAUGAUGAUGAUGAUAGUAACAGUGAAAGAGCACUUGCUUCCAAAGUUUGUACCUUCACAUCUAGUGGGAGCAACUUUAUGGAACAGCACUGGUAUUUCUGUUAUACAUGUGACUUAACUGUAUCUAAAGGUUGCUGUUCCGUUUGUGCGAAGGUCUGCCACAAAGGACAUCGUGUUGUCUAUUCUCGUUCAAGCCGAUUUUUCUGUGACUGUGGGGCUGGGGGUGUUAGGGGUAGCAGUUGUCAAUGUUUGAAGCCUCGAAAGUUUAGUGGAAGUGGCUGUCCGCCACCUAGGAGUACUAGUAAUUUCAACUCCUUUCUUCCUUUCCCAGAUGGUGAUCAAUUACCUGAGAAUGAUUCAGAUUUUGAGGAUGAUGACUAUGUGGAUUUUGAGAAUGUAUUCAAAUUAUCUAUUCCAAGGGAAGAGCAGGAGGGUCUCAAAUGCUUGUUAGCAGAGCUUGAUUUUGAGGUGCAAGUCUUGGAAAUAUGUCAAAAAUUAAUGCCUGCAGUAGCUAGCAGAAGAAAUGCUAAUCUCUCAAAAGAUCAGAAAGUGAUGUUGGGUGAAGAUAAGGUUCUCUCCUACAAUGCAGAACCUUUGCAGCUAAAGAAGGCAUACAAAAGUGGAUCUCUGGACCUAAAGAUAAAAACUGAUUACUCUAAUGCUAGAGAGCUCAAAUCGGUUCUUGCUUGUGGUUCUCUGUUCAAAUCGCUGUUAACUGUGAGCACAAGAGGUAGACUUGCUGUUGGAGAAGGAGACAGGGUUGCUGUAUAUGACGUGGGCCAGGUAAUUGGACAGCCAAAUGCUGCUUCUGGGGCAACUGAUAAGGCUAAUUUUAAGCCCCUUUCAAGGAACAUUGUCCGGUUUGAAAUAGUCCAUCUAAUGUUCAAUCCUCUAGUGGAAAAUUACCUUGCGGUAGCUGGUUAUGAAGACUGUCAAGUCCUUUCUUUAAAUCCUCGUGGUGAAGUGACUGAUCGCCUUCCAGUUGAGCUUGCUUUGCAAGGAGCUUAUAUUCGUCGUGUCGAUUGGGUUCCUGGUUCACAAGUUCAGCUUAUGGUGGUAACCAAUAACUUUGUCAAGAUUUAUGACUUAUCUAAGGAUAACAUUAGCCCUUCACAUUACUUCACAUUGCAGGAUGAUCUGAUUGUUGAUGCAACACUUAUUUUGGCUUCCAAAGGAAGGAUGUUUCUUCUUGUUCUAUCAGAUUGUGGUAACUUGUUUAGGUUACAGCUGUCAGUGGAAGUUGAUGUGGGAGCAAAAGUUCUGACAGAAACCAUUUGGGUUAAGGAGAAACAUUCCAAAGGGAUGUCCUUGUUUUACUCCUCGGCCUAUCGGUUGCUCUUUUUGUCUUUCCAUGAUGGCAUUUCACUGGUUGGUCGUCUUGAUGCUAAUGUGACAGCUCUAUCAGAGGUGUCUGCCAUUUAUGACUAUGAACAAGAUGGUAAAUUGAGGCCUGCUGGAUUGCACCAUUGGAAGGAGUUACUUGAUGGCUGUGGUGUUUUUGUUUGCUUUUCUAGUGUGAAGCCCGGUUCUGUACUUGCCGUCUCUGUUGGUCCACAUGAAUUAAUGGCACAAAAUUUGAGACAUACUGCUGGAGCAGCUUUGCCUCUAGUUGGUAUUACAGCUUACAAACCUGUAUCAAAGAAUAGGACUAACUGUAUUUCCUUGCAUGAUGAUGGCAGCCUGCAAGUCUAUUCUUUUGCUCCCAUGGGGGCUGAUGUUGGAUCCAACUUGCUGCCCGAUCAAGCAAAAAAAUUAGGUUCUUGCAUUCUAAGCAGAUCUUAUGCUGCUUUAAAUCCUGAGUUUCCUCUUGACUUUUUUGAGAAGACAAUUUGUAUCACUCAAGAUAUAAAGUUGAGUGGUGAUGCCAUUCAGAACAGUGACUCUGAAAACACUAAGCAAAACCUGGCAUCUGAAGAUGGGUUUCUAGAGAGUCCCAAUCCAUCAGGAUUUAAAGUAACUGUGAUAAAUUCAAAUCCUGAUAUCGUUAUGGUUGGUUUUCGUGUUCAAGUGGGAAAUACAUCAACUAGUCAUAUUCCUUCUGAGAUUUCUAUUUUCCAGAGGGUUAUUAAACUUGAGGAAGGUCUGAGGUCAUGGUAUGACAUUCCAUUCACCAUAGCUGAGGCACUCCUUUCUGAUGAAGAAUUGAUAAUCUCCAUUGGUCCAACAUUUAAUGGAACAACGUUGCCUCGCAUAGAUUCCUUGGAGGUUUACGGUCGAGCUAAGGAUGAAUUUGGUUGGAAGGAAAAAAUGGAUGCGGUGCUUAACAUGGAGGCACAUGCUCUUUCUGCAAGUUCUGGAUCUGCAGGAACUGGAAAGAAAUUACGGUCGUUGCAAGCUACUUCAGUCCAAGAACAAGUGAUUGCAGAUGGACUUAAGCUCUUGUCUGGUUAUUAUUCUUUAUGCAAGGUGUCACCAUGUUCUGAAAUUGAAGACAUAAAAUUGGAGCCAAGUAGAUUGAGAUGCAAGAAGUUCUUGGAAACAAUCUUUGAAAGUGACAAAGAACAGUUAUUACAGUCAGCUGCUUGCUUCCUUCUUCAGUCUCUUUUCCCUGAAAGGGAUACAUAUUACCAAGUGAAGGAUACCAUGCGUCUUCUUGGUGUCAUGAAGUCUUUGCCCAUUCUUGCAUCAAGAAUUGGAGUAGGGGGUGCGACAUCUGGAUGGUUAAUUCAAGAGUUCACAGCUCAGCUGCUAGCAGUUUCAAAGAUUGUAUUGCACCGGAGAUCGAACAUGGCUGCUUUUCUUGAAACUCAUGGCUCUGGUGUUGUGGAUGGACUAAUGGAACUUCUCUGGGGAAUUUUAGACUCAGAGCAGCCAGACACUCAAACGAUCAACAGUGUUGUCAUUCCAUCUGUGGAGCUGAUAUAUAGUUACGCUGAAUGCUUGGCUUUACAUGGAAGCAGUGUGUCAGGGCAAUCUGUUGCGCCAGCUGUUGCAAUGCUUAAGAAGUUGCUGUUUUCUCCUUAUGAAGCUGUUCGAACUUCCAGCAGCUUGGCUAUAUCAUCGAGAUUACUUCAAGUUCCAUUCCCAAAGCAAACUAUGUUGACGACAGAUGAUGUUUCAGAGCACGCUACAUCAACAUCUAUGCCUUCUGAGAUGACUACUGUUGCUGGUGGAAACAGCCAAGUUAUGAUUGAAGAGGAUUCUACUGCAUCAUCUGUUCAGUACUGUUGUGAUGGUUGCUCGACAGUUCCCAUACUCAGACAACGUUGGCACUGUAAUGUUUGCCCAGAUUUUGAUUUAUGUGAGGCAUGUUAUGAAGUCAUGGAUGCUGAUCGGCUUCCUCAUCCACAUACACGAGAUCAUCCUAUGUCAGCAAUACCCAUUGAGAUUGAUUCUGUAACUGUGGAUGGCAAUGAAAUCCAUUUCUCAGUGGAUGAGUUGAGUGAGGCAGGUCUGUCACAAGUUGCUAACAGUUCUGGUCUUCAUAGUUCUUCACCAGCUAUUCAUGUUUUGGAACCAAAUGAACCAGCUGAUUUCUCUGCUUCAGUAAAUGAACAGAGGAUAGUUACUAUUUCUGCUACAAAACGGGCCGUGAACUCCUUGCUGCUUCGUGAGCUGAUUGAAGAGCUAAGGGGUUGGAUGGAGACUACCUCUGGCAUCCAGGCAAUCCCUAUCAUGCAAUUAUUUUACAGACUGUCUUCUGCUGUUGGAGGCCCUUUUAUGGACAGCUCAAAACCUGAAAACUUGGACUUGGAGAAAUUUGUCAAAUGGUUUUUAGAUGAGAUGAAUUUAAAUAAGAGUUUUUCUGCUAAAACACCGAGCUCAUUUGGGGAAGUUGCCAUUCUGGUAUUCAUGUUUUUCACUUUAAUGCUACGUAAUUGGCACCAACCUGGAACUGAGACUUCAAAAUCUGGGGCCACAGUUACCCAAGAAAAAGGUUCUGCUCAUUUUCCAACUUUCACUGGUGUAUUCUCCUCGCCCUGUGAUGGACAAGAGAAAAGUGAGUUUGUGUCACAACUUCUCCAUGCCUGCGGUGCUUUGCGGCAGCAGGCUUUGAUCAACUACCUGAUGGACAUUUUGCAACAACUAGUCCAUGUUUUCAAAUCCCCUCCGAAUUUUGAUUCUUCACAUGGGGGAAAUGCUGGCACUGGUUGUGGUUCAUUACUGUCUAUUCGCAGAGGGUUACCAGCAGGAAACUUUUCUCCAUUCUUUUCGGAUUCAUAUGCCAAAGCUCACCGGGCAGAUCUUUUUAUGGACUACCAUAGACUAUUACUGGAAAAUACAUUUCGCCUGCUAUAUAGCUUGGUUCGACCAGAAAAGCUUGACAAGUCUACAGAAAAAGAGAAGGUUAACAAGCCAUCAGUUAGCAAAGAUUUAAAGUUGGAUGGAUAUCAAGAUGUUCUUUGUAGUUAUAUUAAUAAUCCCCACACGGCCUUUGUUCGCAGAUAUGCCAGGAGGCUCUUUUUGCAUCUGUGUGGUAGUAGAACUCAUUAUUAUAAUGUCCGAGAUGCUUGGCAAUUUUCAAGUGAAACUAAAAAACUCUACAAACUUGUGAGCAAGUCUGGUGGAUUCCAUAAUCCUGUUCCGUAUGAAAGGAGUGUGAAACUUGUUAAGUGCUUUUCUGUUAUGUGUGAAGUAGCUUCUGCUAGGCCUCGAAAUUGGCAGAAGUAUUGUUCUAGGCAUGGCGAUGUGCUGCAGUUUUUACUUAAUGGCAUUUUCGCUUUUGGUGAAGAAUCUGUAAUUCAGACUCUUAAACUUCUUAGUUUGGCAUUCUACUCUGGUAAGGACACAGAUCACUCCCAUCACAAAAGUGAGUCUGAUGUUGGAACAAGUUCUAACAAAGGUGUACAGUUAUCAGAUUCCAAAAAGAAGAAGAAAAAUGAAGAUGGGACUGAAGCUGCCUCUGAUAAAGUUCAUCUGGAUAUGGAAUUUGCUAUUCAGUUGUUCACUGAGGAGAAUGGGAAACUCUUGAGGAGUUUUAUUGAUUCUUUCCUAUUGGAAUGGAAUUCAAACACUGUUCGACUUGAAGCAAAGUCUGUUCUUUCUGGCAUCUGGCAUCAUGGAAAACUUUCCUUCAAGGAGGCCAUGUUGAGGGAACUUUUGCAGAAAGUGAAAUGGCUGCCGUUGUAUGGACAAAACAUUGUCGAGUACAUAGAACUUCUUACAUUAUUGCUUGGAAGGGGUGCUUAUGAUGAUGGUUCAAGGAGUCAGGAUACUGAACUUAUAGAUUCAUGCUUGACAACAAAUGUGAUAAAGGCUAUUUUUGAGACACUUAAAUCACAAAAUGAACUUUUGGCAAAUCAUCCAAAUUCUCGCAUAUAUAACACUCUAAGUGGUUUAGUAGAAUUUGAUGGUUACUACCUAGAAAGUGAACCAUGUGUUGCUUGCAGCUGCCCCGAAGUGCCGUACAGCAGGAUGAAGCUGGAUGCCUUGAAAUCUGAGACUAAAUUUACUGAUAACAGAAUAAUAGUGAAGUGCACUGGAAGCUUUACAAUUCAAGCUGUGACCAUGAAUGUCCAUGAUGCUCGUAAGUCAAAAUCAGUGAAGGUUUUGAACUUGUAUUACAAUAAUAGGCCAGUUGCAGAUCUGGCAGAAUUGAAGAAUAAUUGGUCUUUGUGGAAGCGUGCAAAGAGUUGUCAUCUUACAUUCAAUCAAACUGAAUUGAAAGUAGAAUUCCCUAUUCCAAUUACUGCUUGCAAUUUCAUGAUUGAACUUGAUUCAUUUUAUGAAAACCUUCAAGCAUCAUCACUGGAGUCAUUGCAAUGUCCUCGUUGCAGUCGGAAUGUUACUGACAAGCAUGGUAUAUGUAGCAAUUGCCAUGAGAAUGCAUAUCAAUGCAGACAGUGUCGAAACAUAAAUUAUGAGAAUUUGGAUUCGUUCCUUUGUAAUGAGUGUGGUUAUAGCAAAUAUGGUCGGUUUGAAUUUAAUUUCAUGGCAAAGCCAAGUUUCACAUUUGACAGCAUGGAGAAUGAUGAGGAUAUGAAAAAAGGACUGGUAGCUAUCGAGUCAGAAUCUGAAAAUGCUCAUAGAAGGUAUCAACAACUUCUUGGUUUCAAAAAACCUUUGCUUAAACUCGUAUCAAGCAUUGGUGAUAAUGACAUGGACUCCCAGCAGAAAGACUCUGUUCAGCAGAUGAUGGUUUCUUUGCCUGGGCCUUCUUGCAAGAUUAAUCGUAAAAUUGCUCUUCUUGGGGUCCUGUAUGGUGAGAAAUGCAAAGCAGCAUUUGAUUCUGUCAGUAGAAGUGUCCAGACGCUUCAAGGUCUUCGUCGUGUGUUGAUGGCAUACUUGCAACAAAGGCAGAUAGGAAAUUCCAGAGUGCCAUCACAAUCUACUCUGCGGAGGUCGUCUAAUCACUGCUAUGGUUGUGCUACGACUUUUGUUUCUCAUUGUUUGGAGCUUUUACAAGUUCUAUCAAAGCAUCCACAUUGCAAGAAACAUCUUGUUUCUGCUGGCAUAUUAUCUGAACUAUUUGAGAAUAACAUUCAUCAAGGCCCUAAAGCAGCCCGUGUGCAGGCACGAGCUGUUCUUUGUGUAUUUUCUGAAGGUGAGAUAAAUGCCGUGACAGAGUUGAACAGUUUAAUAAAGAAAAAGGUUAUGUAUUGCCUUGAGCACCAUAGGUCAAUGGAUGUUGCUCUGGCCACUCGAGAAGAAUUGCUGUUACUGACUGAGACAUGCUGUAUUUCAGAUGAGUUUUGGGAGGCCAGAUUGCGAAUUGCUUUUCAGUUAUUGUUCUCUUCAAUUAAGCUGGGUGCACGGCAUCCUGCAAUUUCUGAGCAUAUAAUUCUUCCUUGUUUGAGGGUCAUCUGUCAAGCAUGUACCCCACCAAAGAGAGAACCUACUGACAAAGAACAAGGGGUUGGAAAAUCUUCUUCAGCUACACUGUUGAAGGAUGAAAACUACGGGCACUCAUCUAGUCCAGGAGGUAUUGUAACUGGGGCAAAAUCUCUGUCUUUGUCAUCAGAGAAACAUUGGGAUAAUUCUAGGAAAGGACAGGAUAUGCAGCUACUAAGCUACUAUGAGUGGGAGAAGGGUGCUUCUUAUUUGGAUUUUGUUCGAAGGCAGUAUAAAGUCUCACAGACUCUGAAGACUGUCUCACAUAGGUCUCGAAGGGACACCCUCAGGCCUGAGCUUGUAGCUCUUAAAUAUGCCCUUCGUUGGAAAUGGCGUGCCUGUAAAGGGGCAGCUAAGGAUGUUCUAUCCACAUUUGAAAUUGGAUCAUGGGUCUCAGAGCUGGUUUUGAGUUCAUGUUCACAGUCUAUCCGAUCAGAAAUGUGCACUUUGAUUGGUCUACUUUGUUCUCAGAAUCCAUCUCGGCAACUUAGGCUGCUGAACUUACUCACAGUUCUGAUACCUGCAACCUUGUCUGUUGGUGAAAGUGCUGCAGAUUAUUUUGAGCUGCUCUUCAGAAUGAUUGAAUCAGAUGAUGCACGUUUAUUUUUAACUGUGAAAGGAUUUCUAGCUACAAUUUGUAGGCUGAUUACACAAGAAGUGGCCAACGUUGAGGCGCAAGAGAGGAGCCUUCGUAUUGACAUAUCUCAAGGAUUCAUUCUCCAUAAACUGAUCGAGCUCCUCAGUAGAUUUCUAGAAGUUCCAAGUAUUCGAGCAAGAUUCAUGCGCGAUGACCUUUUGUCCCAAGUUCUUGAAGCUCUUCUUGUCAUUCGAGGCCUUAUUAUCCAAAAGACAAAGUUAAUCAGUGACUGCAAUCGUUUGUUGAAAGACCUUUUGGAUGGCCUUUUACUUGAAAGCAGUGAAAACAAGAGGCAUUUUAUACGAGCUUGCAUAUCAGGUUUGCACAAUCAUGGGGAAGAGAGGAAAGGGCGGACUUCUCUGUUCAUUUUGGAGCAACUUUGCAACUUGAUAUGUCCUUCGAAACCGGAGCCUGUAUAUCUGUUGAUUUUGAAUAAGGCUCAUACACAGGAAGAGUUUAUCAGGGGUUCCAUGACGAAGAAUCCAUACUCAAGUACUGAGAUUGGCCCCUUGAUGCGUGAUGUCAAGAAUAAAAUAUGCCAUCAGUUGGAUUUGCUAGGACUCUUAGAAGAUGAUUAUGGUAUGGAGUUGCUUGUGGCAGGAAAUAUCAUUUCUCUCGAUCUCAGCAUAGCCCAGGUUUAUGAGCAAGUAUGGAGAAAGUCACAGAAUCAAUCUCUGAACAACGUGUCAAACAGUGUUUUGAUCCCAGCUGGUAGUUUUACUCCUAUGCGAGAUUCCCCACCUAUGACAGUGACAUAUAGACUUCAGGGUUUAGACGGUGAAGCAACUGAACCCAUGAUCAAAGAGUUGGAGGAGGAGAGAGAGGAGUCUCAGGAUCCUGAGGUUGAGUUUGCUAUAGCUGGAGCUGUUCGAGAAUUUGGUGGAUUGGAAAUCAUUUUGGGUAUGAUCCAGAGGCUAAGGGAUGAUGAGUUGAAGGCCAAUAAAGAAGAAAUAAAUUCAGUCCUUAAUCUCCUCAUGUACUGCUGCAAGAUACGAGAGAAUAGGCGUGCCUUGUUGCGGUUAGGCGCACUCGGGCUGCUACUUGAUACUGCUAGACGUGCUUUCUCUGUGGAUGCUAUGGAGCCUGCUGAGGGGAUCCUUCUUAUUGUCGAGAGCCUGGCAAUGGAAGCAAAUGAAAGUGACAUUGGCAUCACUCAGAGUGUACUGAGAAGUACCAAUGAAGAAGCUGGGGCUGGUGAACAGGCAAAGAAAAUCGUUCUUUUGUUUCUGGAGAGGCUAUCCCACCCAUCAGGUUUAAAAAAAUCCAUCAAGCAGCAACGCAACAAUGAGAUGGUAGCGAGGAUUUUGCCCUACUUAACAUAUGGAGAGCAGGCAGCAAUGGAAGCCCUUAUCUUGCAUUUUCAUCCUUACUUGCAAGACUGGGGAGAAGUUGACAGACUUCAGAAAUUGCAUCUGGAUAAUCCUAAGGAUGAUAGCUUGGCCCGAGAAGCUGCUGAGCAGAGGCUGGCACUUGAGAAUUUCGUCAGGGUUUCAGAGUCAUUGAAAACUAGUUCUUGUGGGGAGAGGCUGAAGGAUAUGAUUCUUGAAAAGGGAAUUACAAGAGUUGCUAUUAGACAUUUGAAGGAUGUUUUUGCUGUUGCAGGUCAGACUGGUUUUAAGUCAAGCUCAGAAUGGGGAAAUGGAUUGAAACAACCCUCAGUUCCUCUUAUCUUGUCAAUGCUUAGGGGCUUGUCAAGGGGACACUUUGGUACUCAGCAGUGCAUAGAUUCUGAUGGGGUGUUACCUUUGUUGCAUGCUUUAGAAGGAGUUCCUGGAGAAAACGAGAUCGGGGUAAGGGCCGAGAAUCUUCUAGACACUUUGUCAGAUAAGGAGGGUAUAGGGGAUGGAUUUCUUGGAGAAAAAGUGUGCAAAUUGCGGCAUGCAACUCGUGAUGAGAUGCGCCGACGUGCUCUACAGAAGAGAGAAGAGCUGUUACAGGGGCUUGGGAUGCGGCAGGAACUUUCUGAGGGUGGCAAACGGAUUGUUGUUGCUCAGCCUGUGAUUGAAGGGUUGGAAGAUGUGGAAGAAGAGGAAGGCCUAGCAUGCAUGGUCUGCCGAGAAGGCUACAGUCUACGGCCUAUGGACAUGCUUGGUGUCUAUUCAUACAGCAAGAGGGUAAACCUGGGAGCAGGUACUUCAAUCAAUACAAGGGGGGAAUGUGUUUACACGACUGUGAGCCAUUUCAACAUCAUACAUUUCCAAUGUCAUCAAGAAGCUAAACGAGCAGAUGCUGCCUUGAAAAAUCCAAAGAAGGAAUGGGAAGGAGCAGCGUUAAGGAAUAAUGAAACUCUGUGUAACUGUAUCUUUCCUUUGAGGGGACCUUUGGUUCCACUUACACAGUAUAUGCGCUAUUUGGACCAAUUCUGGGACAAUCUCAAUGCGCUUGGCCGUGCAGAGGGAAGCAGACUUCGGUUACUGAGCUAUGAUAUUGUGUUGAUGUUGGCGAGGUUCGCAACAGGUGCUUCCUUCAGCACUGACAGCAAAGGUGGUGGGAGAGAAAGCAACUCCCGACUGCUUCCUUUCAUGAUUCAGAUGGCUCGUCACCUUUUGGACCAGGGUGGUGCAUAUCAAAAAGACACCAUAUCCAAGGCAAUAGAAUCCUACCUGGCCACUACUCCUACAUCUGAAGCAAAGCCAUCGACUCCUAGCAGCUCGAGAAAUGUAGGUGCUGAAGAGACUGUCCAGUUCAUGAUGGUGAAUUCUGUCCUUGCAGAAUCCUAUCAAAAUUGGCUCCAGCAUCGCUGUGCUUUCUUGCAAAUCGGAAUUUACCACACAUACAUGCAAUACCGGCGUGGCCGUUCUACAAUGCCUGCAGCAUCUUCAUCUCCAGCUUCGGAAUUGAAAAAUGGAGGUUCAUCAGAAAGUAAGGAGAACAUCUUCAGCAUCAUUCAGCCAAUGCUAGUGUAUGUGGGUCUCAUUGAGCAGUUGCAACACUUCUUUAAAAUGAAAAGGGCAUCAUCAUCAUCUGCAGCAUCUGCAACUUCAGCGUCCUCUGGGAGAUCAGACGAGGUUGACAACAGCACCGGAUUGGAGGAGUGGGAGGUGGUUAUGAAUGAGAGGUUGUUGAAUGUCAAGGAUAUGAUGACCUUCUCAAAGGAGGUGUUGGGAUGGCUAGAAGAUAUGCAGUCAGCCAGUGACUUGCAGGAGGCAUUUGACAUUGUUGGGGUUCUUGGUGACGUACUAUCCGGUGGUUCUAGUAGUAGCUGUGAAGAGUUUGUUAGAGCUGCUAUUGCUGGGAAGACCUAGGAAUUAUUUGUUUUUAAGCAGUUGGCAGGAUUUACAGGCUCCAGGAUGGGUCUGAUGCAAGUCCCACUGGCUUGCAAGCAUGGGCGGCAGAUGGCACAAAAAUAUACUCCCAUCAAACUAAGUUUGGGAAUGUUAAGUUGCGGUAUUCCUGUCAGGAAAAACGUCGAAGUAAUGUAAUCUUAAGAAUCUUUUGAAGCUUGAGAAGCUUCAUUUAUUCAACCCGAGAGUACUCGACGUGACCAGACCGAAGUGCAGAUAGAGAUCCCUUUCAGGCGUGGUGCGCUUGUAAAUAGUAUGGUAUUUCUGUUAUAUGUAAAUGUUUUACGACGCCGAUCUGAGCUUUCGACCUUUUUAGAUUUUGUAAUAUUCGGGAAGGAUGGGGUAUACAAUUGCGAAGUGUUUCAUCGUCGAAGAAGGCUACAAUUGUUCAUUACA